UUCUGCUUCUCCUCAGGCUACUUCAUCCACGACAGCCUUGACAUCAUCUUCAACCACCAGUCCCGCUCCUCUUGGGAGUACCUGGUGCACCACGCCAUGGCCAUCUCUGCCUUCGUCUCACUCAUCAUCACGGGUCGUUUUCUGGUGGCGGCGAUGCUGCUGCUGCUAGUGGAGGUGAGCAACAUCUUCCUCACCAUCCGCAUGCUGCUGAAGAUGAGCAACGUGCCUUCCCCGGUGCUCUACGAGGCCAACAAGUACAUCAACCUGGUGAUGUACUUCGCCUUCCGCCUGGCGCCUCAGGCUUACCUCACCUGGUACUUCCUCCGCUACGUGGAGGUGCAGGGCCAGGGUGCCUUCCUCGCCGCCAACCUCCUGCUGCUCGAUGCCAUGAUCCUCAUGUACUUCUCCCGCCUCCUCCGCUCCGAUUUUUUCCCCUCCUUGCGCAAGGGAUCUGUGGGGAGAGAUGUGGAUGGUGAGAAGUUUCUGAUAGACUGAGAUGUGUGUGCUGAGGAAAGACACGGGCUCUGGCUCCUGGGUGUCUUGGCCUCUCCAAACCUGCUCUGAUGUGCCUUAGGGCUCACUCCCCAGCCCCGGGUCCUGCCUUCACCCGCUCUGCCACCUAAAAGCGCUUCCCGGCUGGACCAGCCCAACAGCCUUGGGGAUGCUGCCAGAGCCAGGGGCACCGCUGGUGGAGAAGCAGCCCAAGCUGGCUUCUGCGCCCGCAGCUGGAGGGCCAGGGGUGGCUGUGUUUCAGAGCUGAUGGCCUGAGAGGGUUGCGAGGGAAGGGACGAGUCCCUCCCGUGGUGAUGUUGGGUGUUAUGUGCAUUAAAAUCAGUUUCUUUACUGCUGCCGCA